AUGAAGCUCACCAAGGGAAAAAGACGACUCCCCUCAUGGCUCGAUCAUUUCAACGCUCACGAUCUGAAGGUGUUGUUUCGCUGUUGGGCCGCCGCAUGGGUGGCUGCACUGUUUAUGUUCAUCGGCCCUACGCUACACACGAUUGGAACAGAGACGUUCUUUGCCUGCAUCGUACUCUUUAUUCUGCCUCCCUCGGGAAUUCUGCUUAUUUUCCUUCUUGGGGAAUUUACUCUUCUUAUUGGCAUGAAUCUUGCCUGGGCAUGGGGAGUCAUUGUCAUGAAGGCAGCCCUAGCGGCCCGUUCAGCAUCAGAGACGCAGGCUCGAUUGAUCGCACUGCAACAGCAGGCGUCUACUCAGGCUAAUGCCUCUGGCCAGAGUAUUGCUAGCGAAACGCACAUCCUCGUAUUGAAUGGGUUCAUGCUAGAUGCUCCAGUGACUGCUGUCUUUUUUGUCCUAAUUUGUCUAUUUAUCUAUUUCAUGGCACGACUGCGAACAAGCAAUCCGAAAUUUGCUCUGCUGCAGAUCUACGCAAUCAUUAUCUCAGAUAUUUUUCUCACCCUUGGCCCAUCUCAACCGUCUUUCUACGGAACCCUCCCUGUCUCGCUAAUUAAAGCAGCAGCAGUUGGUGUUGGCCUUGGUUUUGUUGCAUCCAUACUGUUCUUCCCCCAAUCCACCUCUCACACCUUCUUUACUGCCAUGGAAGGGCUACUUAAACUUGCAAAGCAGCCAUUGGAAUUUACUAUAUCCAGCUUAGAGAAUGAUUCGGAAAAGCUGGAGGUCCAGGCUCUUCAAAAAGUGAAAGCAGAGAUUGUCGCAGCGUACAAAGCCAUGGAACUGGCGAUUGCGUUCCUGCCUCUAGACUGUUCAAUCGGUCGCUGGAGCGCUGAUGAUAUCAAAAGUUUGAGAGAUCCAAUACGCCAAACCAUGAUGUCGAGUUUAUCACUGCUUGAAUAUCAUACUGCACGGCUCGUCGGACAAAAGAGGCUACAAGGCCUCCUAGCAACUUCUGACGCAGAAGACACACUGGAUUAUCCAAACGAGCAGCGACCGCGCGAGGUCGGUCGCUAUCAGUUGAUGCAAAGUGCACAAUUCCUUCAAGCGCUACGGAGCCCCGAGAGUGAAGCCAUUCGCUCGGAGACCGUUGAGGUGUUGCGGCGAUCCACAAAAGAUAUUCUCCCUGCCUGCCUGGAUGCGAUCACGGCCAUCUCCGAGUGCAUACAUACGCAAAGCUCCGGGGUAUGGUUUACUCGGCCCUCAAAUGACAAACACGACCGACUUCUUCAUCGGUGUAGGACAUCGCUUGGGGCCCUUAAAUCGACUCGCUCCACCUUCACAACAGAGACUACGGAGCGAUUGCUCCAGUUCCACGCAGACCUGUUUGAGGAGACCAGUCAUCUGCAGACAUUUGGCAACCUUGCCAUCCAUCCCUUUCGAGGCGUCAUGUUUGGGAUGGUAUUCGAGACACAGAUACUGUUCGUGACUGAUGCUUUGGAGAAGCUUUUGGAACGAAUCAUCCAGCUAUGCCAGGGACGGACGAAAGAUAAGUUUUGGUUUCCCGUCGGAAUCAGGUAUGCGGCUGCGUGGGCUUUCAACGGAAAUGUUGUAGCUCCAAUUCCAGGCCAAUCGAAUGUCAUAGAUCCCAACAUUGUGGAUAAGCAAGCUAAAGAAGGCCAGAGACGCCUCCGAAUCAGUCGUGGAUAUGGAGUCAAACGUCGGACUGGACUGGCUAGAUGGAUCAUUGCCACACAUGAGUGGUUAUUCAACUCCGAUGGUUUAUAUGCUUUGAGAAUGGUCGUUCUUACAGUUGCUCUGGCGAUCCCUGCAGUCAUACCGUCUAGCGCAGGUUUCUAUUAUCGCGAGAAGGGUAUCUGGGGACUUAUAAUGGGUCAAACAACUCUGCUGGUCUACAUGGCAGACUUUACCUUCUCCAUGAUCAGUCGAACCAUUGGGACGGUGGUUGGCGGAGUGCUCGGGCUGCUGGUCUGGUAUGUUGGUUCUGCUAAUGGACCAGGAAAUCCAUAUGGACUGGCUGCCAUUUCGGCUGCUGUUCUAGCUGUUCUCAUGUGGGGACGUUUGUUCUUCAACCCUAGUCUUUUGCAAGCCACUAUAAUGAGCGCAGCAACAUGCAUUCUCAUUGUCGGAUACAGCUUUGAUGACACGCAUGUUGCGCAAUAUGGCAACCCGGGAUUUGGCUACAACGUCUUCUGGCACCGCCUUGCUCUCGUAUUGAUCGGCUUCGCAGCUGCUCUCAUCGUUCAACUAUUGCCUUUCCCACCAUCUGCAUCACGCCACAUAACCAAGACCCUAUCGAAUACUAUUCAGACACUUUCAGAUCACUACGCGCUUGUGCUCUCCUGCUGGAAUCAGUCGGAUAGCAAUGUUGGCUUAGUUGCAGGGAAAGUCUCCAUCGAAGUUGAUGAACUGCUCGCCUCGCUUGAGGGCUCCAUUGCCCUCCUACGCCUCGAAUUCUCCGGCUCACCAUUCGACAGUCAGAGCCUGGCCCAAAUAAAAUCAAUAUGUCAAGAGAUGAAUUGGGCGCUCGGGCGAUUGCUUUUCCUCUCCGUUUCGUUACCGGUCGAGCUUCAAGACCGGCUCGCACACCUUGCCGGCAUUCUUGACCAUCGUAACAUCGGAGAUAUCAUGGCUGUACUGAGCAUGGUUGAGCAAGUGCUCAAAACCGGCAAUGCUCUGCCAGAGGUGCUUCCAACUCCGUUGUUGAACCGGUGCCAUGAAUAUUGGCAGAAUAGUAGUCUGGAGAUAAUACAGUACAGAGAUCUGAUUCGGGACAAAAAUUAUCGGAAGUUUUGUGUGGCAGUGAGUUCUUAUUUGAAGUUUCUUUCCGCAAUUGAUGAGCUUGUGCUUGUUGUUAAGGGCCGUUUGGGAGAGUCUCAUAUUAUAAGCAAGGAGUUGCCAGAGGGCGUUUGA